AUGCCGCCCCGAACAAGAGCGGGGGUUCAAAGCCAGAAACAGAAGGAGAAGCUUGCCAACUCCUACAAUGAACUCCUUGAGGAGUUCUCCUCCAAGGAUCUUCGGACUGUAGGGAAUUAUACAUUGGGGAGGUUGAUUGGGAAAGGUUCCUUUGGCAAGGUCUAUCUCGCCUCGCACAAACUCACCAAUGGCUCCAAGGUGGUACUCAAAUCGUCCAGCAAGGAGGACACCAAUCUCGUGCGCGAGAUCCAUCACCAUCGCCAAUUCCUCCAUCCUCAUAUCGCGCGGCUAUACGAAGUUGUGGUAACUGAGAGCCUCGUUUGGCUUGUGCUGGAGUAUUGUCCUGGCGAUGAGCUCUACAACUACCUCCUUCGACACGGCCCACUACCGGUAGAGAAAGUGAAGCGGAUAUUUACACAAUUGGUGGGAGCGGUCGCCUACGUCCACAGUAAAUCAUGUGUGCAUCGCGACUUGAAACUGGAAAACAUAUUGCUGGAUAAACAAGAAAACGUCAAGCUAUGCGAUUUUGGAUUUACACGUGAAUAUGAAGGAAAGGCUAGCUAUCUUCAGACAUUCUGUGGGACGAUAUGCUAUAGUGCACCUGAGAUGCUCAAAGGAGAGAAAUACGCGGGCGAAAAAGUGGAUGUAUGGAGCUUGGGAAUCAUUCUAUAUGCGCUUCUGGCAGGCGAGCUGCCAUAUGACGAUGAUGACGACCAAAUCACCAAAAAGCGGAUAUUGUCAGACGAGCCGACCUUCAACGAAAAGUUCACGGACGAUGCCAAGGCUUUGGUCAAUCUCCUGUUGUCUAAACGGCCUUUGAUUCGACCCAGUCUGGACGAGAUACUGGCUCAUCCGUUCCUUGCGGAACAUGCCCCUGAGCAGCUUGCAAUCUUGAAAAUCCCAAGACCAUCGCCAUUUACUACGCCACUGGAGAAGACUACCUUGCAGCGGAUGAAAAGCGCUGGGGUCAAUAUUGACGAGGUCAUUGAAAAUGUCCUUGCUCAGCGGUGCGACCCGCUGGCUGGCUGGUGGGCCCUGCUGAUUGAAAAAGAGCAACGAAAGGAAACAAAGAGAGAGCGCAAGCGUCGCGAGCGGGAGGUCGAAGCAAAAAACCUUCGUCGUCUGAGCGCUGCGAGCAGUCGUCUAGAGAAGCGAUCAUCGGCUUUAAUGGAGGUGGAGGAAGAAGGCUCAGGGUUGCGAGAUCGUGGGAGACGGGAUAGAAGAAGCUUACCAUCUCAGUUGGCAGUGCCAGAUCUUCCUGCGCUUCCUGAACCGCUUCCUGUAUUCCCAAUUGAGGUCACCACGCCACCAUUGCCGCUCGACAAAGAUUCUAUACGGUCCCACAACUCGACACGACGCCCAGUUCCCCCGCCAAAAGACAGGCGGCGAUCACGGCCCAGCAUGCUGCAUGUCAGCGCAUCACAGCCAGAGUUGACACAGCAUCACGGCAUCUUCCGGCGUCGCACUAGUCGUCGUCACCAGUAUCCGAUACUCAGCCAACUAGCAUCUCUCAAGCAUUGGUUUGUAGAGUCGGCGAAGAGAGCGCGGUCUCCCCAUGCCAAAUCGACGAGCUCGCGCAAGUUUCUUUCCGAUAAGUUGAGCCCAGCGAAGAGCCAAGAUACCGGAAAGAAGCCCGCCGCCUUGUCGUCCCCAGCAAGCGAGGUCACAGGGGAGGAUGUUGUGACACCCACCCAGGUCAAACGAAUCUCCAAUGCUAGCAGCCUCGCUCCUAGCAGUGCCUCAUACCGCCAAAACCGCCACUCUUACCCUCGCCAGCCGCGGCCAUUGAACACCAGUCAUAGUAAUCAUCGAAACUCUCUCUCGCCCUCACCUAUCACACCACGCGGAUCCUAUCGGCGUUCAUCGGCCGGACUACGAGGACGCAAAUCUACAUCCUCCUCGGUGUCAUCGAUUCGCAGCAUCCAUCACGCUCGUGCUCACUCCCGGGCCUCUUCGAUUUCCUCCAACAGUAUAGAUACUAUCUCGACGCCCACUGCCAGAGCCUCCAAAUCGCCUCACUCAUCUGUCAAAGUCCUGCCUACCACCCCAGGUGCCUCAUCCCGCUUUCCGAGCAAUAUUCGGUUGGUAAGAGGGCCAGGCGGAGCACCUCGAGAGAUUGGCGACCACCCAGGUCAGAUGUCGUCGUCGUUUAAUGAGGCGGUACCAACGCCAUUACUCUACUCGCCCUCUUCAAGCCUGGUGUUUGCAAGGCGAAAGAGAUCUCUCUUCAAGGGUCCUAUGAUCCAUACCACUAACUUGAUGGUGUCUGGCGGGAUAGGCAACUCUCCCGUUCCCGGUCAGCCAGUGAAUACCAGCGGUCCCGACGUCACCGCAGGGCGGCCUGCUGCACGCAAGAGCCGAAUUAUUGAGGAAGAGGAAGAUGUCGAAGGGAUUGAGGAAGAAACUGAAGAAGUCGAUGAGUUCGACGAACCUGUCACACCAGGUGAUAUCGUUACCCCCGACGAGCACCCAGCAGAUGAGACCGGAUCUCCCUCAAGCGGCAGAACGCCCUUUGCUCCUAUUCCAAACCAUGAAACCAGUCCCCUUCGGCCUCCUCGCUCCUCCUCUUUCCGCUCGCCGUCCGAUGCCGCAGACAAAAUCGGCAUCGCUGAAUAA